AUGCUUCAUCAAACAGUUUUUGAUUCUGGGCCACAAUUUAUCAUGUUUAAAAGACCAGUUAAACUUCAAAUGGAUGCUAAUCGUGAAAUAGGAUAUUUCGAUUCGAAAACUCGUGAUUUAUCGGUCAAAACUGGUUUUACAGUCUUACAACUUGAGAAACAUUCUUGGCUUACAAAAAUCAAUAUUGGAGCACCGCCUUCGAAACACAAAAUUAUUUCGAUUAAUAUUGAGUAUCCUUCGUCUACUGGAAUCUUCUUCAAACCCGAUUACAAGAUAUAUGGCAAAUUUCUCGAGGUACUAGUAACAAUAGAAGGGGAUACGGGAUGA